AUGAUUUUUGCAAUUUCAUAUUCUAUCCCCAUGCAUCCAUUAGAUGUUGAGAACUACGAGGGACAAGACGUCACGAUAAUAGGAAGGUUUGAAAGCGUUGAGGAUGGGGUGGUAAUUUUGAAAUGCAUGGACAAAGAAAUACAGGUGAGGCAUCGGAGCAUUGAGUCUUACAAAACUGGAAUAGUCAGAGUCAAUGGGAUUGUAGAGAAUGGUGUGGUCGUCGAAAACAGCGUUUUCCCUAUUGGAAAUGAGUUUGAUAUGGAAACAUAUGGGAGGUUUGUAGCUGUCGCAGCAAAAUACCAAGAUCUGUUCUAA